AUGACUAAACCGACAGUUGGACGCAAUCUAAGCAGUCUGACUGCCCACCAAAUGGGUUUUACGAACUAGAUUGAUCAAUUUGGUCGGUCCAAUCUGAUUUAGAUUGGGAUUGGCUAUGGCCAUUAUGCUGGAUCAAUUCAAUCCUAUGCACUGUUUGUGCCUCUUGAGAAGGAAUGGCCAGAAAAUGGACUCCAUGUUACAUUAAUAGGCCACACUGGAAUGCCUAAGCUUGGUAUCUUAUUCUCUAAGAACCCAUACUGCUAGCAUUUCUUUGAAUAUGACUAGUGUCACUAAUUCCUUGUAAGUAUUCCAAGUCUUAUGACUUGUCGUAGACUUUGGGUUUAAGCGAAAUAAUCAGAUAGAUGCUCUUGUAAAGACGAAAAUAUAUUUGGCCACGUAUUUAGUUUCUCUAUCCAAAAGAUAAAAGAAUGUGUUUAGGGUUUAUUUUCUCUGUAUCUAUCGGUAUUCAUGCCCACAGAUCCCCUACUAUCCCUACACAGCACUGUCUCAUCUGCCCCCUGUCCAUCCCUCAUUGUUUCCUUCGCUGUACCUUUUCAUUUGCCAAAUAUAGAAUUACUCCGCAAUUGCUGCUGCAGCAGGACAAGGGUCGGCCUUUACCAAAGUUUGGCGAAUGGGAUGUCAACGACCCCGCUUCUGCAGAAGGCUUCACUAUGAUUUUCAACAAAGCUAGGGAUGAGAAGAAGACAGGGGGCAAUGCCCAAGGGACCGAAUCCCCUGGAAAGGAAGAUCGAUCCUAUAAACAGGGAGGAUCCUAUCCUUCUAAACCUGCUGUGAGUCUGCUAAAAUUUCUCUCCAUCCCCAUUAUACCAUCCUGUGGAGUGUUUUCCAUGAGAACUUCUUGUAGAGGCCUAUUUCAUUGGAAUGUUUGCUGCAGUACAAGCUUAAAUAUGCAGACUGCAGUUUCUCUGCCUUUCAAAACUGCGGCCGGCUUUUCUAAUGUGGAUUGGUGUGUGGUGCACAGAAAAAAUGGUUUUGCUGCAUACAGGCGAGCCCUGCACGGUCCUAA